AUGUAUUUCAACCAGUUUACCGCCACACUGUUGUGCUUUGAUCUGGAGGUUAGACGUGUCCAUCACGUCACAGAUCCCAAGCCCGGUCUCAUCACGGUUUACGACUACUACGCGCCAGAGAGGGUUCACGGUUACUCUAUGGCGACUACAGCCACGAUGAGGCUUACCGUAGGUCUUCUCAUCUUCACUAUCGCAGUGAUGGUGAGAGCACAGGAAGAUGGAGAUGAACUUCUGGUGGACCCCGUUAUACUACCAAUUGUCGAAGAAGCUGAAAAACUACCCGAAGUGAUUGCAACUCCACCACUACCACCCAGCCCUGAGGAACUCCGAGAAGAGAAUUUCAACAAGAAUAUCUCCUACCUCUUCCUAAUCCCUAAACUGUUCUACGUGCAAACCAAAGAGAGGAUAUGUCUCCUGGUAACCAAGUACGACGGUGUCCUGGACUACCGUGUGUCUCUCCAGAAGAUAAAUGCAGGUCAAUACGAAGAAUACUGGAGUCAUGGAGAACAGGAGGCCAAACAAGGAGAGAACUGUUUCGAAUUUGAUGUACCAACGAUCGAGUCGGGAUCCAAUCAAAAACAGAAAGUUCGUCUUCAACUGCGACGAAAGGGAGCCGAAGACUUGAACGAGGACGGAUAUGAAGUCACGAAAGAGAGAUUCGUGAGGAUCCAGGCCCGAGGCGGGUCGAAAACAUACGUCCAGACUGACAAACCCAUUUACCAACCCGGUCAGACAGUGAGAUUCCGUGCUCUGACAUUGAACAGUGAACUGAAAACCGUCACAGAACCAUUCGAUUCUGUUAUAGUGGAGAGUCAGUCUCGCCAGCGCGUCAACCAGUGGACGGACGUCAAGGGUGAGGAAGGGCUGAUUGAACUCGAGCACGAACUCCCGGACGAGCUCCCAGACGGGAUCACGAAAGUAACUUACUACAUCAAGGUCUUGCGAGGCACCGAGUCAGUAACGCAGACAUUUACUGUUGAAGAGUACGUUCUUCCAAGGUUUGAGGUUGAAGUUAUAACUCCUCCGUACAUUCUCAUCACCGAUCCUACUUGCACAGUCAAGGUUUGUGGAACUUACACGUAUGGUAAACCCGUUCAAGGCUCUGUGCAAGCAAAUAUCACUGCUGGCGAGGUACGAUACGACUACAGGACCAGAACUCGGUCUUCUAGAAAGGUUCUGCCGUUCUCCAUACCGGUACGUUAUUACGUAAUUUCUUUCCUCUUCUCGUUAUUAAUUGCUAAUCCGUGUAGAACCAUCAGAUUUAAAAUUUCAAAUCAAAACCCCACACUCGUGAAAUUAGCCCGUAUUUGCCAUGGAUUAAUAUGUUUACAGUCUGUGUAA